UUGAUGGGGAAAGAGGAAAGUAUCGUUAAGGAACUAUCGUAAUCGCAGAGUCACUGCAAGCUGGCAAGGAAUUUUUCGGUGAACAAGUGCUUAAAAAUUAUAUCAGUAAAAAAGUAUUCGUUUCGUUUCCUUCCAAAUUCGAUUUACAUUGCUGGCUAAGCGUUUAACCUCAAAUAUUUUCUGGGUAUACAUCGUGAAAAUUUACAGUGAAUUCGUAAUAUCAUCCAGCGUGUGAUGGAAAGCAGAGAAGAUACAGUUAGGGUUAAGGAAGAGCCAAAUGAUACAUGGCCAGAUGCAGGUGAACAUGACAUUUUCGAAUCGGUGGACUCUUACAAAGUCCAAAACUCCAAAAAAUUUACGUUUAGUGAAUCAUCGGAAAAUUAUAUGAAUAAGCCUAUGCUAUUGCAGGAACAGUUAGAUGAAAAAAUUUUCGAAGAAUUUGAGUGCAAGAAUGUCGAAUCUGAACUGACGUUUUCAUCAAAAAUCGAAUGCAAAACGGAGAAUCUAAGACUACCAAUUGUGAAAAUAGAAAACCAAAUUCAAAAAAAUUAUUCCACCGAAAAAAGUCUAAUAAUUUUGGUAGAAAAAGAAUUUGAUUAUUAUAAUAACUGUCCAUUUCACGUGAAUUCCAUUUGCCACAAAUCAUUUGGAUACAAGAGUGAUCUCAAGAAACAUGUAAAUUCAGUACAUGAUCGGAGCAAACUCUUUGAAUGUGAUAUUUGUCAAAAAUCAUUUCGAUACCAAAGAGCACUCAAAACUCAUAUAAAUGGAGUUCAUAAUCAGAUUAAACCUUUCGAAUGUGAGAUUUGUCAUAAAUCAUUUGGACAAAAAGGAUACCUCAACAAACACAUAAGUGCAGUUCAUAAUCAGAUUAAACCUUUCGAAUGCAAAUUGUGUAACAAAUCAUUCGAAACUCAAAGUAAACUCAAAAGGCAUAUUCAGGCGGUACAUUAUCGUACUAAACCCUUCGAAUGUGGCAUGUGCCACAAAUCAUUUGGAGAAAAAGGGCACCUCAAAACUCACACAAAUGCCGUACAUGAUCGUAACAAACCCUUCGAAUGUGAUAUUUGUCAUAAAUCAUUUGGACAAAAAGGAUACCUCAACAAACACAUAAGUGCAGUUCAUAAUCAGAUUAAACCUUUCGAGUGCAAAUUGUGUAACAAAUCAUUCGAAACUCAAAGUAAACUCAAAAGGCAUAUUCAGGCGGUACAUUAUCGUACUAAACCCUUCGAAUGUGGCAUGUGCCACAAAUCAUUUGGAGAAAAAGGGCACCUCCACGUUCACAUAGGUACAGUACAUAAUCGGAUACACAAUCAUGACAAACCUUUUGAAUGUGAUAUUUGUCAUAAAUCAUUUGGACAAAAUAGUGAUCUUUAUAAACACAUCAACGCAGUACAUUAUCGUAACAAACCUUUCGAGUGUUGCAUUUGUCACAAAUCAUUUGGACUCAAACAUCACCUCGAAUAUCACAUAAAUGGAGUACACAAUCGGAACAAACCCUUCGAAUGUGAGAUUUGUCACAAAUCAUUUGGACUCAAACAUCACCUCGAAUAUCACAUAAAUGGAGUACACAAUCGGAACAAACCCUUCGAAUAUUUGCCAUAA